AGCUGAGCUGGCGCAGCCGUUGAAGUGGAAGCCACCUCCAGGGGCGAUCACCAUGGUUUCAGCCUUCCCCAGCUUCCCUGCCAUAUGCAUUCCAUGAUGAUGAAGGUGGUUGUUGCAUUGACGGCUGAAAUUACUGUGUAGAGUCGUCAGAUCUGAUUCCACACUGGGAUUGAGCGAGGAAGGGGCCGGGAGAAGCAUGGCGUCUGUCGGGAAAGUGGCCGCAAGAAGUCUCCUGCACCCUUCGACUUCUUUCCUGGGCGGCUCCUUGCCAGCAAAAAGAUGCCCUGCUUUCGGCUGUCCGUCAUUCCCCUGCAGCUUUCAAGGAAAAUUGCGCAAGAAUGGCGCGCAGAGCUGCUCAUUCACUCGUCCAGCUCAAAUUCUUCUAAGCUCUCGCGAUUAUGAGCGUCGCAUUACAAGCCAGAGUCAGAAAGGAGCCUCACGCAGAGUCCUCUGCAGUGCAUUGAAGGAGAAAGAAGAGACAAAUGGGAAAGCUGAGGCAGAACUUUUGCAGAAGCCGGAAAACUCGCAAAAUAAAGGACCAACUCUCCCACCGGAUCAACAGCCAACCUCAAAGCAGACUGAGAAAAACCUUGAAGCUCAGGUGAAGGGCGACACCGGUGCGCCGUCAGAGGCCGUCUUCCGCCAAUUGCGGCAGGAGAAGCAGAGAGCGGACAAGCUGGCAGCCAAGACGGAGCAGCUUGCUCAGGAGCUGGAGGAGGUCAAGCAGAAAGCGAGCGAGGAGAAGCAGUCGUACGAGAACCUGACGUGGCGCCAGAAGCGAGUUAUUGCUGGAAAGAGGGAUUCAGUGGGAGGGACGCUUGCUGAGCUAGUAGAGGACUUAGGCCAGGCAGCGUUGGCGGCGUCGUCGGUCUUGCUUGGGCGGAAGGAGAAGGGGCCGCCAGCGGAGAACCUGGAUAUAGCUAAGAUUCGAAAGUGCUUCAGUUACACUACCUACUUCCCGACAGACUCGCAGCGCUAUGGCAGGGGGGCGAUCUUCCCUGGCAAUCUGCGGGGGCCAAUCGAGGAUAUUGCGCCCAAGCUCAAAGCGAAGAUCUCGGAAGAGCUGGGCGUAGAGGUUGUGCUCUUCUUCCUCAUUGACGAGUACACAGACAAGCAGGCUUGCGUGGUUCAGCCCAAGGCUGAAAUUGACGAGCGGCUCGAGCAGCGGCGCCUCGGGGGGGUCGCCCGAUGGCCCCUUUCGCUGGCCUUGCUUGCGGCGACCAUGUUCACCACCGUCUUCCUUUCCCGGGUCAGUCUGGGGCCCAGCGAAGUGGACGCGGGGUUCGAACACGCGGUUCCGUUGCUCGGGGGCCUGACCGUCUUCCUGGGAGCGUCAGAAAUCUGCCAACGACUGACCGCUAGAAAAUACGGCAUCAAACUCAGCCCACCUUACCUGAUCCCCUCCGGUUGGCUGGGCUUCCUCGGAGUGGCCACCGAGAUCGAAUCUGUGCUGCCGUCACGCAAGGCGCUGUUUGACGUGGCCGCGUCUCGCGCCGCGGCCGGGUGGUUCUCUUCGCUCUCCCUCGCGAUUGCCGCCUUCUUGCAAGAUGGAGGUGUCAACGGAGGCGCGCAUCCCCUAUAUGUACAGCCCAACUUCUUCCAGCCCAACUUUCUGCUCAGCUUCAUCCAGUACGUCAUCGGCCCGUAUGCCGACGAACUGGGCAACGUGCUCCCGCACGCAGUCCCCGAGCUCGGGGUCCCGGUCAACCCGGUCGCCUUUGCAGGCCUGCUAGGCAUGGUCAUCACGAGCCUCAACCUGCUGCCCACCGGCCGCCUCGAGGGGGGCCGCAUCGCCCAGGCGCUCUUCGGGCGCGCGCCCGCAAACCGCGUGUCCAUCUUCACGGCGGCCCUCCUCGGAGUGGGGGGGUUUUCCGGGAGCAUCCUUUGCCUCGCGUGGGGGUUCAUUAUCCUGCUUUUUCGGCGGGGGGAGGAGCUCCCCGCGGAAGAUGAGAUUACCCCCCUGGGGCAGGGACGCACGUUCUUCGGAUGGGUGCUGCUGAGCAUAUGCAUUCUGACGCUGCUGCCGAAUAGUGCCGGGACGUUUCCGAGCACGUUCUUCAUUCCGGCCGCGUUUCAGGGGGAGCCCUGACAACGGAAUCUUGCAAGGGGUUGAGAGGAGAUGGCGACUUCUCAGGCGGGGUAAGCGGGUUAGGCGCCGGGGCCGAGGACUGGGCGAGAAUCUGGUGACUUCUGGGUUGAAACGGGCGGAUCAACCCGGAAACUUAGGAUUGUGUUUUCAGUAGUGACAUAGGAGACGCCGUGAACAGUCGGUAGCGAAAUUGAAAAGGGGGUUUGAUUUCAGGACGAGGAUUGCUGGCAGGCAGCCGGGGUUAAAGCUGUCUGGUUGACGUCACAUGCUGUCAAAAGUCCAGACAUGCAUAGAAAUCCUGCCAACAAUCCUCAAAAGGUGAUGCAGAAGGUAAAUCCUCAAAAGUGACGCAGACAUGUAGUUUUGUAAAUCCAGUAUAGGCGACUUGUAUAUAGAAUGUUGAGUGUACAGUUCACAGGGGGAGGGGCAAGUUUGCAGUUUGCAGCGCUUGUCGGACGCGUUCUCGCCGGGGCUUGACUUUGUACUUUGUACAGCUAGAAAGUCGCUGAAAACCGUCAAUAUACUUGCCCUCCUUGAGGAUUAAGUAGACAACUGUAGAUAAAUGCUCUAAUAUAAACUUUGACUCUCGUAGAUUGUUCGAGCUGGUGUCGUGACAUUCAAGGAGCCAACUGCGAAGCAUGCGUGCAACCGUUCAUAUGCAG